AUGGUUGAUAUCCCGUUGCAAUUGCUCCCGCGGAAAUACCAAAAUAUUUUUGUACGUUUGUGUGUUACCCCUCUACUGAUGUUGGAAUUAUGUUGCAUUCAUUCAUUGAGAUGGCGCAUGUAUGGUUGUAAAGCUCGAUAUCAUCUAUGUUGGAAAGUGCUAAGUGAUAAAGACGAAUGGAUUAUCAGUCAUAUCAAUGUUAAAAGUGAUUAUAGAUUUAUUAAUUGA